UUCUUCUUCCUCUCUCUCUCUCUCUCUCUCUCUCUCUCUCUUCUUUCUCUCUCUACAAGUCUGAGAUCGAACGGUAGCUUCGUUGUUUGGAGUUGUUCGUUGUCAUUUGCCGUUGUUGCCGAGUCAACUCGCGAAUCCUUGACUCGUAGCUGACUUGGAGAUAUGGAGAAUCUGAUAUCUUUGGUGAAUCGUCUGCAGAGAGCGUGCACGGCGCUUGGUGAUAACGGCGAGGACAGCGCGUUGCCUACUCUGUGGGACGCUUUGCCGUCUAUUGCCGUUGUCGGCGGCCAGAGUUCUGGGAAGUCGUCAGUACUUGAAAGUAUUGUUGGGAAGGACUUUUUACCCCGUGGAUCUGGUAUUGUUACUCGACGUCCACUUGUUCUUCAGCUUCAUCGACUAGAUGAAGGUAGAGAAUAUGCAGAAUUUGGACAUCUUCCUAGGAAGAGAUUCACUGAUUUUGCUGCUGUGAGAAAGGAGAUCUCUGAUGAAACGGAUAGAGAGACAGGACGUGGAGGCAGAACUAUUUCCACUGUCCCGAUUUAUCUUAGUAUCUAUUCACCCAAUGUUGUUAAUUUAACGUUGAUCGAUCUUCCUGGGCUUACAAAGGUGGCUGUUGAGGGUCAGCCAGAAAGCAUUGUGAUCGAAAUUGAGGACAUGGUGCGGUCAUAUAUUGAGAAGCCGAACUGUAUUAUUUUGGCAAUUUCUCCCGCCAAUCAAGAUCUUGCAACAUCUGAUGCGAUUAAGAUUUCGCGCGAAGUGGACCCAAAAGGAGAGAGAACGUUUGGAGUUUUGACGAAGAUUGAUCUUAUGGACAAGGGUACCGACGCCGUGGAGAUCCUGGAAGGAAAAGCAUUUAAGCUGCAGUUCCCUUGGAUAGGUGUUGUUAAUCGCUCUCAACAAGACAUUAACAAAAAUGUCGACAUGAUUGCUGCUAGGCGUAGAGAGCGGGAUUAUUUUGCUCAAACUCCAGAGUACCGACAUCUCGUUUCCAGGAUGGGUUCUGAGCAUCUAGGAAAAGUCUUAUCCAAACAUUUGGAAGCUGUUAUCAAAUCACGAAUUCCAGGCCUUCAGUCACUGAUCAACAAAACUAUUAUUGAGCUGGAAUCUGAGUUAAGUCGUUUGGGAAAGCCCAUUGCAACUGAUGCUGGAGGAAAGUUGUACAUGAUCAUGGAGAUCUGCCGUACAUUCGACGGAAUAUUCAAAGAGCAUCUUGAUGGAGUUCGACCAGGUGGUGAUAAGAUAUAUAAUGUCUUUGAUAACCAAUUGCCUGCUGCAUUGAAGCGCCUGCAGUUUGACAAACAUCUCGCUAUGGAAAAUGUACGGAAAUUGAUAACCGAAGCUGAUGGAUAUCAGCCUCAUCUUAUAGCACCCGAACAGGGUUAUCGUCGUCUCAUUGAAACUGCCUUAAUUACUAUUAAAGGCCCCGCUGAAGCAGCAGUUGAUGCGGUUCAUGGGGUAUUGAAGGAAUUAGUUCACAAAUCAAUUAAUGAGACUGUGGAGCUGAAGCAGUACCCCUCUCUCAGAGUGGAGGUCGGAAAUGCAGCUGUUGAAUCACUUGAUAGGAUGAAGGAAGAAAGCAAGAAAGCUACUCUACAGUUGGUAGAAAUGGAAAAUAGUUACUUGACUGUAGAUUUCUUCCGUAAGCUUCCUCAAGAUGUUGAGAAGGGAGGCAAUCCAACACAUUCAAUAUUCGAUAGAUACAAUGACUCCUAUCUUCGCAGAAUUGGAUCAACUGUCUUGUCUUAUGUCAAUAUGGUGUGUGGAAGUUUGAGGAACUCUAUUCCAAAAUCUAUCGUUUAUUGUCAAGUACGCGAGGCAAAGCGCAGCUUGCUCGAUCAUUUCUUUGCCGACUUGGGCAAAAAGGAGGCGAGACAGUUGGGAAAAUUGUUGGAUGAGGAUCCGACAAUAAUGCAACGAAGAGUCUCUCUUGCAAAGAGAUUGGAGUUGUACAGAGCGGCUCAAGCAGAGAUUGAUUCAGUUGCCUGGUCGAAAUAGGGAGUUUUGGCUGACUCUCUUAGUUCUUGAUAUGUUUGUUGUACUAUUUGCCUUUAUUACCCCCUUUGUCUAAUGAUAGGAGAGCUUUAUUUCUUGUUGUGAUGCUAUUCUUUGGACACUUGUGAAAGUUUUUGGCUACAUACUUGUUUGCUGAAAUUUUUACGCGCAGACAUUUGGUUACUACGUGUAAUUACUUACGUCUUUUAAUUUUGCACCUCGGACACUGUUGUUUAAGCAUCACUGGUAAACUGGGAUUGCGUUAUAUGAUCAGUUUACAGUUCAAUCACUAUACUAAAAGAUUCUGUUUUUUUC